AUGCUUGAUGAAAAUGACACCGGGAUUAUGGAAGUUUGGAUAACAGGAUUAGAAAACCUGGAAGAGACAAGAGUAUAUCUCUUUACAUUUGUCCUAAUAAUAUACAUCACUAUACUAACAGGCAAUUUUCUGGUUAUUUCUGUGGUUGCAACUCAAACUCAUCUUCACUCUCCAAUGUAUCUUUUGCUCUGCAGUUUAUCUUUAUCAGAAAUUAUAUUCACUACCAAUUUUAUCCCUGUAUUAUUGCAAGUGAUAUGGAGAGAUGGAGCUGCUAUGUAUCUCACUGGCUGUCUGGCACAGUUUUACGUGUGUGGAUCUUUAGGGGCAACAGAGUGCUUUAUUUUUGCAUCCAUGUCAUAUGAUCGUUAUGUAGCUAUUUGCAAUCCACUGCAUUAUGUCUCUGUAAUGAGUUUACAGUUCUGUGGGGAGCUGGUUCUGUGCUCAUGGAUGUGCGGUUUUGCUAGCAUGCUAAUAACACUAAUACUGGUUUGUCAGUUGGAUUUUUGUGGACCCAAAGUCAUUGAUCAUUUUUUCUGUGACUUUGCUCCAGUAAUAGAACUUUCUUGCUCAGACACAGAUAUAGUAAAUGUUGAGUUUUUUAUGUUCUCAUCUUCAGUGACCCUUUUUCCGUUUGUGUUUGUUAUAGGAUCUUAUGUUUCUAUUAUUCUUACUAUACUUAAGAUCACUUCAUCCUCAGGUAGAAGUAAAACAUUUUCCACAUGCAGCUCCCACUUGACUGUUGUAUCUACAUAUUAUGGGACACUUGUUAGUGUCUAUGUUUUACCAUCACAAUAUUUUUCAAAAAAAGCUAACAAGAUUUUAUGUCUUAUAUACACAAUGGUCACCCCUUUGCUAAACCCUGUAAUUUAUAGCAUAAGGAAUAGAGAGAUCAAAAAAGGAAUUCAGAAGCUUUUAGGAAAAGCAUCAAACAGACAAGCACUUUGA